GCACCUUGUGCGAACGCCAGCUCAAGAGCUACGAAUUUGUGGAACGCGAAGCACACUUUCCAGCUGCCUCCAACAUCCUCCGCGAAUUGAUUUAUUGCGAUAUAUUACUAACGUCCACCACGAAAUCAGCGAAGACAAUCAAUAUUCCACCACCGCGGCCUCCGCUUCUGCGUCUCUAAAGUCUCACGAAAAUGCGACUUUUGCAACUGCAGGCGGACGGCGAAAUCAGCCUGGCUAGAGACCUGAUCGAACAUGUCCCUCCGUACGCGAUUCUGUCAUACACCUGGGGGAGUGACGAGGAAGAAGUCACCUUCAGCGAUCUGAGGGCAGGUGUUGGAAGGACAAAAGCAGGGUUUGAGAAGAUUCGCUUCUGCGGAGAGCAGGCUGCUCGCGACGGCCUACACUGUUUUUGGGUGGAUACCUGUUGUAUCGACAAGUCAAACAAUACGGAGCUGGCGGAAGCUAUUAACUCCAUGUUUCGUUGGUAUUAGAAUGCAACUCGAUGCUAUGUAUGGCUUGCGGAUGUCCCCAGAACACCUAUACCACCAUGGGAAGAGGCAUUUCGAAGGAGCAGGUGGUUCACCCGCGGGUGGACUCUUCAGGAGCUAAUUGCACCUUCGUCAGUUGAGUUUUUCUCUCCGGAUGGGAGACUUGGUGAUAAAAGGAGUUUAGAGCGUGAGAUUCAUCGAAUAACGGGAAUUCCAGUCCAGGCUUGGCAGAAAUACCUAAUUUCUGGUAUCGAUAGGUAUCGAUGCCAGAAUCGUAAGGUAUCGAUUCCUAUCGAUUCCCGAACCCAAUUCCCCCCUUUAAUUGCAAUUAACUUUAGAACCAUUUCCCUUAUAAGAAAGUUUUUGGUAGCGCA